GGCCACACUCUAUCAGCAAGCUGUGUGGCGUCCGGUCGCUUUUUCAGUCAUUCGUUGCGUCGCUGCGAUCUCAUCGUUCGUUUUGUUCCUACACGUUUUUGGCGUCGUCGUACAUUUACGUGUCCCGCUUACUCGCGCGCACCCUCUCUCUUUCACUCUGCGGCGCGCGUGCCUAAGUGUGGUGUGUGGUGUGUGUGCCUGUGUGCGUGCGUGUUGGCGAGCAGCGCGGCGCAGCACAAUAGAAAAGAAGAAGAAGAAGAAGCUGAAGCUGAAGGAAAAAACAUAAGUGAAUUUUUUUCGGGUGGAAGCGCGGUGAAAUAUGCGUGCGUGCGCGCGUGUAUAUGUGCGUGUGUGCGAAAAUCAAUACGAAAACAUGAAUAACAAAUGCUAAAUAAGAAAAAUAGCUACAACGCACAACCGAAAAGAAGCUGAAACAAGAAAAAAGAAAGCGAAAAAAAAGGAGAAAAUAAUAAAUAAUAGGAAUUGGGAAUCCAGCAGGAAGGAACAGUUAGCCAUUCCAGUGAGCUAAAACAGCACAAACCCAUUUCCAGAUCCAGCCCAUCCAGGGCUUCCAAUUGACAGUUGCCAAUUGACAGUUGACAGUUGCUAGUUGCCAGUUGACAGUUUCCAGAAACGCAGCAGGAUGUCGCUGCAAACGAAAAGGCAGCACUGCUAUCUGUGCGAUUUACCCCGCAUGCCCUGGGCGAUGAUCAAUGACUUCUCGGAGGCGGUGUGCCGCGGUUGCGUCAACUAUGAGGGCGCCGAUCGCAUCGAGGCGGUGCUGGACGCCGCCCGCCAAAUGAAGCGUCUCCAUCCCGCCAGCAAACAGCAGCGUUCCCAUGAGAACGGCGAAGUGUCCGCCGCUGCAGCGGCCGCCGUCGUCCUACAGCAGCAACAACAGUUACAAGUCGGUCCAGUUCCGGGACAAGGACCGGGUUCCCAUCGCGGCGGAGGUGGCGGCGGUCCACCGGGUGCUCCGCCCGGAAGUGGUGGUCCAGGUCCGUCGGGCGCCGGUUCGCUCAGUUCGCUGGGCAAUGCCGUUGCUGCUGCCGCCGCCGCUGCUGCAGUGCAUCAUCACCAUCAGAUGCCCUAUCAAAUGCCAGUGCCACGCAUCGGUCCGCCACUGGACUAUCCCGUUAAGCUGGAGGAUGCCCCCGGUGGCGGCGUACGACCCGUACGCAUUUCACACAUGACGCCCCACCACCUGCCGCCAAAUGCGACCCGCGGCGGUGGCGGUGCACCCGGCGGCGGCGUACCCACCGCCGGCAGUGGCGGUGGCAGCCUACCGCCCGCCCUAUCCGUGAAUUUAAAGCGUCCGCCCAGCGAGGAUGUCGAUGUGGAUGUAAGCCAGCAGCAACAGCAGUCGGGACACGGCCUGGCGCCAGAUGGCAGUGCUGGCAACUCCCUAUCCGCCGGCGGAGGCGUAUCCGGCGGUUGUCCGCCCGGCAUCAAGCGCAGCGCCAUGGACGAUCCAAGUGGCGUGGGCGGCAGACCGCCAUUGACGCGUGGCGAAUCCCUGCCAGCGGCGGUCAGCUAUGUGCCCGAGCGUCAGCUUAGCGGACUCCGUGAUAAGCAGCAGCCGGUCAGAGCGCCCAGUUUCGAUGCAUCGACCUUCAAAGCAGGUUCCUCGUCAGGACGUCGUUCGUCCGGAUCCCGUCACGUGUCCAGCACCACCGUUACCAGCUCCGAAGUAGGCGGCUCGAAUCCCGGCCAGGCGGUGGUGGCCGGCGGCCUUGGUGGCGGUGGCGGCGGAGGACCCGGCUCGAAUGCAGCCAGUGGCCAACUGGGCGGACCCAGUGGCGGUAGUGGACAGCUGAGUUGUACCAGCGGCGGACCGGGCGGCAGUGCCAGUUCUGGUAGCGGAGGCAAUGGAGCCAUUGGUCCCGCCUCCAUGGCGCCAAAUUCGGUAGCCGGCGAUGGCAGUCCGGCCGGCGGUAAUGGUCCAUCCGGCAGCAAUGGCAGCGGUGGAUCCGUGAAUCCUGGACCCGGCAGCAGUGGAAGUCAGGGUGGCGGCGGAGGCGGCACACCACUGGCCAGCGGCGGCGGUUCGGCCGGCAGCGGUGGUCUCGGCGGAGCUCCGGGCAGCAGUGCCGCCUCGAAUUCCGCAGCGGCAGCAGCUGCGGCGGCUGCCCAGAAUGCCACGCUCAAGUGCACCCUGUGCCAGGAGCGCUUGGAGGACACGCACUUUGUGCAAUGCCCCUCGGUGAAUCACCACAAGUUCUGCUUCCCCUGCAGUCGCGAGAGCAUCAAACGCCAGAAUGGACUGGGCAACGAGGUGUACUGCCCCAGCGGCGAUCGCUGUCCACUGGCCAACUCGGUGAUACCGUGGGCAUUCAUGCAGGGCGAGAUCACCACCAUUCUGGGCGAGGAGGUCAAGGUGAAGAAGGAGCGCGAGUCUUAAUGUCCAUUUUACUGUAAGAAGCUGCGCAGGGCUUUGGAGCACUUUUGAGAGGCGACAACACACUCCCCGGAUAAUAUCUGGCAUCUAAAAACUCUCGACACUUCUCUGUUGGGGUCACAUUUUAAGGAGCAACUGACAUUUUUUUUGGCCACGGCGGCGGCAUCUCAACAGUAGCAUAUAUAAAUGUAAAUGCACUGUCUUUGUCCAUGACGACCGACCAAAUAACAACAAAAAGAAACAAGAAAACAAAACAAAAACAAAACAACAAAAAGGACGACACAACAACAGCAAAAACAAAGCAACAACAGCAAGGGCAACACAACAACAGCAAAAACAAAGCAACAACAGCAAGGGCAACACAACAACAACAAAAACAAAACAACAACAGCAAGGGCAACACAACAAAAACAAAACAACAAGGACAACACAACAAACAAAACAACAAGGACAACACAACAAACAAAACAACAAGGACAACACAAUAAACAAAACAACAACAACAAGGACAACACAGCAACAAAACAACAACAACAAACGACAUCAAAAACACACUUUUGUAGGUGUAAGCAACAAAAAAUAAACAACAGAUGAUAACACCUAAAUGAAAUUGCAAAUUGUUACCAGCAAAAUCGGAAAAAACUAAUGUAAGCGAUUGUAAGCGCUUACCUAUAAACGGCCGUUGGGAAAUUUGUCCCAACAAAAAAACACCGAAACAACACGAAAUUUCUACGAAAAUGCAUACGUAGCCAAGUGGAAAAGAUUUUCGAACCGAAAUGAAAGCGAGAGAAACUUGAAAAUUUUCUUAAUAAAACGAUAGUAAACUAAAAUCAAUCUUAUUGUAGCAGACACAAGCGGCGGCAAAACACAAAUAAAGGAAAAUACACUUGCUGGCAUUAGAUAUAAAAUCCUUUUUUUUUUUUAAAAUAUGAUUAUACAUAAAAACCUAUACAUUAGGCGAUAAUUAUAAUUCUGUUAUGUAGGCGAGCGAUUUAAUUCAUAAGUUACACUUAGUAUGUACGAAUUAAUUUAUUUCUAUACAUGUUGCCUAAUUUACACAAUCGACACUUUACCCUCCUUCCUCAAACUUACUUUUUUUUUUUUUAAAUAUUUUUAUUCGUAUAAAUACCAUUUUUUUUCUCGUAAGUUAACUAAUUUAAGCACACAAGAAAAAAACGAAUGGAAAAGAUACGAGAGAAGAACAGUUAUUAUGCUAAAGAAUUGUACAUACGUAUGCAUACCACAUAAUCGGAAUAUAAAUAUAUACAUAUAUUUAAUAAUAUAGAAAUAUAUUUAAUGUUGAACACGAAAUUGGCGGCAAAAACAACUGGCAACACACCGAUAACGGAGUUGCAGUGGAAUUUUAAACAGAUUUUUUAAAUCACAGCGAAUCGCAUUCGCUCACUGAACAUUUUAGCAACACUUUUUGUGCUUUUGAACGAGGCAGUCGGCCCAACUGGGCGAUAGCUCCUCUUGGGUAUUAGAUUGGCAAAUGUUUUAUUUUAGCUAUAUAUAUAUAUAUAUAUAUAGGAUGUAUAUAGCCGAUGUUGCUGGGCAUGAACUGCAAAAAGUAAGGAGCACACACAAACUGGACCAACCAAUCGAAAAAGCACAACAAAUCUCGAUAUCGGUCUGAAUCGAAUCAUUUUUUUGAUUGCGUCCCAAUAUACAUACGUGGUUUGGUGGGAUUGCGUCAAUGCCAAUUGUCCUUUUUGCGGUUGCAAUUUGAAACUGAUUUAUAAAUGCUGUCUACUAAAGGGUUUUUUUACUAGGCUCGCAUGGAAAUCCGAAUGGAAAGCUAUAUUAACAUGAAAGAGGAAAACGGUCAAGCGAAUUGGUCAUGAAAUACAAUUUAUACAAAUACAAAUUGAGCAGGGCGUAUUAUCAAGUUCAAUUUGCCAAAUUCAUUCGAUUUACUUCGACGUUUUAAAAUUUAAUGAAUGAAAUGAAAAUCGUAGAUUUUUUUUGAAAUUGUAUUCAAAUCUAUCGAACAUAUUUAUAUAAAACGAUAUUAAUUUCAGUUUUCGUAGUUACAAAACAUAUUUUCACAAUUUAUUCUGUUUGAUUUUGAAUAAAUUGGUUUUCUGAUAGACAGCAGCGAUUUAAUUGUUAAAAGUUCGAUGAAUUCGAUAGAAGAAACUCGAAAUUUUCGAUACCACCAAACUUUCACGAAAUUGCUGGUAAAGUAAGUGAAAAAAGCGGAGAACAUAAUUCACAUAUGUACAUACAUAUGUGGAUCCUUAAUUCCCAAUUAACAAUCAUUUUUUAAAGCUAUUUAUUUUAAAGCUAUCAUUACUUUUUCCUUUGGCGCAGUAUUUAAGCUAACAAAAAUACUUUCAAAACAUAAAACUCAAAAGUACCAUAGCUUAGAGUAGUUUUUUCGCUUUGAAACUAAUUUUGUUAGCACAAAUACUGAGUUUAAUGCAGAUUUAUACAUUUUUUUGAUUUCUCUUCGAGCGGAAGAGCAGUUGGAACAAAAAAAAACAAAAAGAUAAAGAAAACACAUUUUGUGAUAUAGCCUAGCAUGAAGAACAACAAGAUGAGCAUGAGAUCCUGGAAAUCGGAAAUACGAAAAUGGAAAAUGCAUGAAAAGCAAAAAGCUAAGAAAACUUGAACAGGCUUAGCACUUUGGCAAACCAGAAAACGAUCUCAAUUAAAAAAAAAAUGAGAUUCCCAAUUAAAGAAAAAAAAAAACAAAUAAAAGAAAAAUGGAAAAAAAUGAAAAACAAUUUAUAAAGAAAUCAUACAAUAGGCCAAUACCAACGUUUUAGCAAUCUAAGUCUAAGAAGAAAACUAAUCGAAAUUUUCUUUACAACAAAACUAAACUAAAUAAUAACUAACGUUUGUAAACCUUGUGCGUGUGUGUGUAAAACAGUAGUGCUAUCUAAAUAUAAUACGGAUUAGAUAUCGCAUAAUGCAUCAACCCUAUAUAAGUACGAGUACAUACAUAUUAAAAAACCUAAAAAAAAAAAAUCAAACUAAAAGAAAUAUAAACUAUAUUUGUGUGUUUGAUGUCAGUCAACUAAAUGUUAAAGUCAACUAACGAUCACGUAAUUGUAUUGCAUAGCCUAUAACAUUUUUUGAACGAAGCAAACCAAGUCGAUUCGAUUUAGCAUGAGUAUCAACUUUAUACUACAUAUACACUUAACGACUAAAGAUAGACACACAAGUGGUACAACUAAGAGGAAACACCGGAUGCAGCAGACACGAAAACGAAUACCUAAUCGAUAGCGGAUGCUGGCAAUGAUUAAUUGAUAAUUGAUUAAUUGAUUGGGGACUUUGAUGACGGGCAAAACAAUUAAAAAUACUAUACAAAAUCG